AGCAUGGCUGCAAGAUCCAACGCGCACACUUGGUCUGCUUCCUUCACCGCUUGCGUCUCGCCCGCUCUCCAUCGCCUGCAGACCGACCGAGUGUUGGUGAACGAUCGCGGGGACUCGUUUCCAUUUGGGUCAGACGCUUGCCGCUCUCCGCGUCGCUCUCAUCGGUUUUCUUGCCCCGGCGAUCCGCGCCGCUGAGGAGAUUCCAGCGACAAUGGCCACAUAAGGACGACAUUUGCACUCUUGAUCUGUGCCCAAGUGGAGCUUUUAUUGCGAUAUUCUGCGCUCACAAGCUCGUCCUCCUCUCGAGGAAUUUCGCUGCGCAACUUGGACAAACCGAGUUGAGCUCCGAGAAAUGUACUUUCUUUAACUUUUCCCGAAGAAUUAUACAGCAAAGUACUUUUUUUUUUUGGAGAGAGAUUUACGCAAGGGCUCGUUUAAGAGGUGAACGGACUUUCAACAACCACCAGACUUCAUCGGACUUCAAUUAAUCCUGGACGGUGGUCGCUUUGGCUUCAUUGCAAACAUGCCGCAGGUGGCGACGAUGUUCUUUCUCGUCCUUAUCGUCGGGGCGUGCGUGUACGCUCAGGAUCCUGCUUCCAAGGUGGUGUCCGACCGCUACGCCGUCUUCUGGAACCGCACCAACCCCAAGUUCUACCGGGGUGAUUACCACAUUGACGUCUGCAUAAAUGACUACCUUGACGUCUACUGUCCGCAUUACAUCAGCCCCGUGUCGGAUGAGCGGGCCGAGCGCUAUGUGCUUUACAUGGUGAACUACGAUGGCUACAGCUCAUGUGACCACACCGCCAAGGGCUUCAAGCGCUGGGAGUGCAACAGGCCUUUGUCAUCAAAUGGACCACUGAAGUUUUCCGAAAAGUUCCAGCUCUUUACACCCUUCUCAUUAGGCUUUGAGUUCCGUCCUGGCAGAGAGUACUACUACAUCUCUUCCCUCACUGACGCCAAAGGAAGAAGGAGCUGCCUUCGACUCAAAGUCUUUGUUAGGCCACAAAACAAUUGCGUGCGAAACUCUGGGAGCGUACAGGAAGGGGUCGACUUUGACGAAAACAGUCACAACAGUCUAGAACCCAGAGAUGAUAUCAGUCACGAGUCACCGGAGCCUUCUCGAAGGGACGUAAACUCUGCUGCCGGGUGUUGCAAUUCCGUGCUCCUGCUUAGCUCCGCCCUCCUACUCCUGGCUGCUUUCUUGUCUUUAUAGCGCUCAUUCUGAGGGAACUCUCAGGAAUUGACUGUCCUGAUUGGACCACAGGCUACCAUAUCUUGCAACCCCCCCGUCCCCCCCGUCCCCCACCUCCCCACCUCCCCAUGGAGCACUUUUUUGUUACAUAAAAAAAUAAAAUAAUAAUACAUUAAAAAAAAAGAGAAACAUGAAAAAAACUGACAAUCUCUCUCAGUGAAAAAGGACGGGACCAUGAAAGUCUUCAUUUUGCCAACUUGUGUGAUUGACCUUAUGGCAAGUGCCAAUGGCCCAUGGUGAAAGAGGCAGAAUCUCUUAUUCACCACCCAGAUAUUAGAAAUUGAUUUGUGUUGAAGCAAACGCACACACACACACACACACACACCUACACACUCGUAUAUCAGUGUUCAAGUUCUUUCAGGAAGUGCUGCAGGAUCACUUAAAGUUUCCAGGCCUUGUCUGUGUCUGGCACAUCACAUAAGACCCCGAUAAGUUACAUGAGUUGGUCUCACAUUAGGAGCUCGCAUGGGUCAGAAGAAAGGACAACUUUGCUGGCAUGGGGGGGUAGGGAAAUCCUCUCACAAUAUAACCUUCCUCAGGUGAUAAAGGAAUUGGAUGAUUUGUUGAGAGACUGUGGAGUAGCUUUGGCGAAAAAAAAAUAUUGAGAACAUUUAAAGAAGCACUCAUUUUUAGUGUCUGAAUUGAAGCGUUUUAAUAGUGUUUUUUUUGUUUGUUUGUUUGUUUUGUUUUUAAUGGGUCACAUACUUCAAAUGUCGCAGCCAACACGGGUGUAGAGUAGUAUUUGAAUGACGUGCAAGGUAUGUUUUGUUGUUUGUUUGUUUGUUUGUUUGUUUUUGUCCUGGCAACGUGUUUUAUUUAUUGUGAUUCUUUGUGCUUUGAUUUCUGGUGUGGUCAGCCUGUAGCUUUGGUAAAACAGCAAUAAAAACACAUUAGCACAAUAAUUCAUCAGGUUAAACACAAUAACAUACAUUUAAUUUGGAAAAAAAAAGAAUAGAAAAAUACUGAAUAUAGUUUAUGUCUGUUUUAAUCUAAAUGUUUUAAUGUUUUUUGACAAAGUCCAGGAAGGAAGAAAAAAAGUCUGAUGUGCUAUCAGGGUGUAGAAAUAGUGGAAUAUGUGUUCAAAUCUGUUAUUAAUGAAUGUCACAAUUGUAGGUUUCCUCUUGCAUUAUAUCUUUUUGUGAAUCACAGUCAUUACACAAUUAUUGUAUAUAGUGACAAAUGUCCUGGAGAGUUCAGGGAUGUUUCCAUACCUUAACUGAAGUAUACAAAUAGCAACAGUGAGUUUAGUCUUCCUCAGAAUAAGCAGCACAGAUUUUGCCAGAUGAUCAUGACGCAGCCUUGUAGUGCACUACAGUAGGGACAACAGUACAGUAUAUCAAUCGAAUAUUGGACUUAUUCCUCUAUGUCCUCCGAAUCAAAAUAAUUCAUCUUACCAUGACAUAUGGCCAUUCAUUAACUUUGUGGGAGCAGUCUGGGGGCAAUGUGACUCUCUGUUCCAGCAUGACUCUGCACCAGUACCCAAAGCAAGUGACGUACAGUAGAAAGAUGAUUGGAUUAGUUUAAGGAUGAACUAAAACAGAUCAUGCGCCAGAAUCUACAUGUGUCCCAAAAUUGUCCACAUGGUGUAAUAUAUAAAGCUCCUGUGGCCAAACUACACUGCACUGGUGUACCUGCUGAUUGCUGCUAUGAAAAAUCAACCACAUAGAGAGACAGAAAGAGGCAGAAUUGUGUUCUCUCACGGUAAACUGCAACCCAAUCACCUAAAGGGAAACGAGAGGAGGGCAAAACAUGAUGAGCUCAAUAUUAUUUCUCUGUUGUGGACAUACUACAUUUUCCUACAAGAUAAAAAUCAAACAGCUGUAGUACCUACUCUAUGUCUGCUUUGAUUUACUCAAGUGUCUGUGCAUUUUUUUUCAGUGUCCGUAAAGAAUAGAGAUAUUGUGUAGACACAUACAAAUAAUAUAAUAAAAAUAGGAGUGGCAGUAAUUUCAUAUAGUGUCAGAGUCAGUCAGAGUUUUUUAUAGUUACAAAAAUCUUAAUGGGAGUGAGUUUGUAACUGUACAUAAAAACAAAGUCAGAACAAUAUCAGAAUGAAGUUUUGAUUUUCUAGUCUGGUCAUUCACUUUCAUGUGAAUAAUGUUGUUCUCUCUAAAGAGCAUAUUAACUCCUAGAGUGCUGCAAAUGCUGCUCAAUGUGGGUGCUAAAACACAUUCAUAGGUUACAUGCAUGUUCAACUUUAAUGUUUUGUAACACUGCAUUCACUAACUUAUUUGCAUUGCAUGAUCUCAAAUUCACUUAACUAGCUCCCGCUCUUUGUCUUUCGUGGAUGUUUUUUUGUUUGUUUGUUUGUUUUCUCGUGUGUGUUCACAUCCCUGCAGCUUUGUGCAGAUAACAAAAGAUGGAUUUAUUUGUUUCAUUAUACUUCCUGACAUCUACCACCAUCCUCGGUACGUCAGAGUUUAGCCAGUAUUAGUCUACUCACUCUAAAAUGUUCACCUCCGGCCAUAUCACCAUGAGAAAAACAACCAGUUUCCUGGAUACUGUGUAUCCAACAACGAAUCUAUUGUAACAUACAGUGUUAGAUACUUUGUUCACACCCCUGUUGACGGGUGAUCAGUAAGAAAAUAAUGUUUGACAUUAGAAAACUCUUUCAUUUUAUGUGUAUUUUAUAUGAAACAUAGAAACAUUACACCCCUGGGAUGUGAAUUUGUGCAAAUGUGGAGCUUAUUGAACAUGCAGUGGUCAUCCUACACUCGUGAAUCAUGGAAAGGGCCUUAAUGAAGACCAGAUGGAUCUUUAAGAGCUACAAAAUCUCCUCUGUUUUGAAAAAAGACUGCAGUUCAUGCAGGUGUUGGAUUAAAGUAUAGCUCGGUGGUCCUUUGUUAAUCAUCAACUCUAGCUGUAUGAAAGCUCGCUGUGACAAUGUUUCAGGAGGCGCGUUUAUCUUCUUUUGCUGAUGUUUUCUAUGUUCUGAACAAAUAGUGUUGCUAGGACUGUUCGUCCAAAGGGUUCUGUUUCUAUUUCACUUGAAUUUGUUUCCAUGUAACCUGCAGCUCAAUGCCACUGUGUUUCAGAUUUGCAGAAUCGGCCUUGAUGUGCUUUUGUCUAGGGAAAUAUUUAGGUUACCUUUGCAAAAACUGUUUCCCAAACUCCAUAUUUGUUUUAACAUUGUAGUGAGUGUACCCUUUGCCCCUCAUGAUCUCCUCUAAUGUUUCAGUUUCCCUGCUCAGUCUCUCGCUAGAUUUUUCUACAGAAAGGGCGUUUCUUUGUAAAUACACAUGUUGGAGCAGCUAUAACUAAUGAAAACAAUCAUGGAAAAAAAAGAUGUAAUAAAUAUUUCUUUGUCAUUGUAA